AUGCGGUGGUCAAUAGUUUUACCCUACCUCUGUGCCCUCGUCUCUUUCUCGCCGCUGGCCUCGGCCAUCCGGCUCCUUCAAUCCUCCUCGCUCAAUCAAUGCAUGGAAAAUUCUAAUUUCACCGCCUCACUUUUCAACGUCGUCUUUACCCCCGACAACAGAACCGUACAGCUUGAUAUCGAUGGAUUUUCGUCCAUCUCCGGAAAUGUCACUGCCGAAUUAAUAGUCACCGCCUACGGUUUCACGGCCGUGACGCUAGAAAUGAAUCCCUGCAAAAUGAAUAUAGCCGGUCUGUGUCCUAUGCAGACUGGCCAGAUAAAAGUGAACCCGCCACUCACCGUGGCCCAGGACGUCGUGGAUCGGAUCCCUGGAAUUGCCUAUUCCGUUCCCGAUUUAGAUGGCAAAGUGCGAAUCUACAUCAACUCGACAGAUACUGGAGCCACUAUUGCUUGUCUCGAAGCAAAUAUGUCCAACGCUCAGACCGUCUACCAGAAAGGUGUUGAAUGGACAGUGGCCAUCAUUGCAGGUCUCGGUCUCGUCGCCUCUGCCAUUACCUCCGGUCUCGGUCACUCCAACACAGCCGCUCAUGUGGCCGCCAACGCCUUGUCACUCUUUGGGUUUUUCCAAGCCCAAGCCAUGAUUGGCGCGACCUCCGUCCAAAUGCCCCCCAUCGUCCAAGCCUGGACUCAGAAUUUCCAGUGGAGUAUUGGAAUCAUUCACGUCAGUUUUAUUCAAACCAUUGCCACUUGGUACCAGCGCGCCACCGGCGGAACUGCCUCUAGUCUUCUCUCUUCUCUCAGUACCACCUCGGUGGAAGUUCAGAAGCGUUGGUUUGAGGACCCUAUAGGUCUUACCCGCCGAGGUUUAGACUGGCUUUCGAAAAGAGACGACAGCACCAACGUUGCCAAGAGCGACACAAUAGUAAUUAAUGGAUUAACUCGUGUCGGGUUCAAAGCUAACAUUGAGGUCACCAAUAUCUUCUUGACUGGUCUGAUUUGGUUCUCCGUGUUUGUUUGCCUGGUGAUGAUUGGCGUUAGCGCUUUCAAAGGUAUUUGCGAACUCUUGGUAAAAAAUGGCAAGAUGUCCAGCGACAAAUUCCAAGACUUCCGUAAUGGCUGGAAAGUGGUUCUGCGAGGCAUUCUCUUUCGCUUGAUUUUGAUUGGAUGGGCUCAGAUGUGUGUGCUCUGCCUGUGGGAGCUUACAACUCGUGAUUCGGCAGCGGAAGUUGUCCUCGCUGUCGUCAUGUUCUUCUCGAUGUUAGGAGUUCUCGGAUGGGCAUCCUUCAAAGUGAUUUCGCUCGCAAGACGGUCAGUCACUAUGCAUAAGAACCCUGCCUAUAUCCUCUACUCGGAUCCAUCAUGUUUGAACAAGUGGGGCUUCCUCUACGUCCAAUAUAGAGCCACUGCAUACUAUUUCGUUAUUCCCGUGCUUCUCUAUCUGCUCAUCAAGGGCAUGUUCAUUGGAUUUGGCCAAGGAAAGCCUGUUCUCCAGGCUGUUGCCUUGCUGAUCGUCGAAGCUGCUUUCUUGGUAGGAGUUAUGGUGCUCCGCCCAUGGAUGGAUAAGAAGACCAAUAUUUUCAACAUUUCCAUUGCCGCUGUGAACUUUUUGAAUGCUAUUUUCCUCCUUGUCUUUAGCAAUGUCUUCAACCAACCAGGCAUGGUUACGGGUGUUAUGGGUGUUAUCUUCUUUGUAAUCAAUGUAGUUUUUGCUCUGGUUCUUUUGAUUUUGGUCCUGAUCGCUUCGAUUUAUGCCAUUGUCUCCAAGAAUCCGGAUAUGCGCUAUCAACCCAUGAGAGAUGAUCGGAACUCGUUUAUCAAGUCUAGCACUGCGCUCAACACUGAGCUCGACGCUCUUGGCAACACAGCUCGGGGUGGUGAAAUGGAACUGAAGUCCACGGCGUAUCACCCAACAUACGAAGAUGAGCCGAAUUCGUUCUCGGGUGGUAACGGUGCGAGCAUAAACACCCGACCACAGUAUGAUGGACAUAGAGCGCCACCGUCCCCCGUGGACCCAUCGGUGCCAUUGUUCCCGAGCCAUGGACCGCCUCCGUCCUACGAACCCUAUAGCCACGACCUUGGGCGAACAGCGUCCCCUGCUCGUGUGGGUGACUUUGACCCUGCAUCGGCGCUAGCUGCGCACAAUUUCAGACAGCAAAACAAUUCAAGUCCCUGGCAACGAGGGGCUGGAUAUGACCACUAG